UAGAAACAGGCCAACCCGAGUAUUGAAAAACCCGACCCGGUGUGCCUAAUUUGCAGCUGUUGAUACUCUGUCGCUGUUGGAGUUUCGAUUUCCUUGGAUAUGAUGCUUGGAUUGCUCCAAGAGGGUCUCUGUAGGAGCUUUUGGGAACCAAAAGCUAUUUCUAUAGCACUUUGGUUGUGUACAUUGGGUUUCACCCAGUCCGACCGACUGUUCUCAUGAAGUUCUUAUGUUUCAUUGAAACGAAAGCCUGGAUCUUUGCGGAGAGUUAAAUUGGAUGAUGAGUACCGAUCUAAUGAAUGAAACCAAUAUGAAUUUUUGAUGUUAACAUCAAUGAUGGGGAUGUUAGAAGUUGAGAGUUUUCGGUUUUGAAGGAGUUAAAAUAUCCGUGCACACAAUCUGUUCGUGAAAAUGCGCCUCAAGAUUAUUGCUGGUUCUAUUCAGUUGGGUUUGUUUUCAAUUGCAUUACUCGCCCAAGAAUGUUCUUCCAGUUUGUUGGUUUUUCUGAUUUCAGCCUUUAUUUUGGGGCUAAAUGAUUCCGUUUAUUCCAUUCGUGGAAACUGGAUUGAAAGCUACAUGAAAUUUUGUAUCAUGUGUGUAAAAAGAUGUCAUCAAUUAGCUAAGCAACAGCUAAUGACGAAUCCAGGUUGUGACAAAACCAAUCCAUUGUUGUUUCCGUCAACACGCCAGGCAUACGCCCUUUUAAAACUUGAUCAUAGGCCGCAUCGCCUGAGGCCUACCAAGAGUUUGUGUUGUUGGACACUCCAGAAAAGUUCAACUCUUCACAGUCAUCAUCAUCUCAAUCUUUUAUCCUCCUUUAUCCCCUGUAAUCUCAAUGUCAAUUCCACCACCAAGGCUCGGACGCAGCUCAUCUGAUCCUAACCUUGCAGCAUUGUUGAAUACUGCAGCUCCUGUAAAUAUAUCUGUCCGUUCAGCUUGCUCUGCCAGCUACAAGUCCUCUCAAUGGCUCGGUUGGGGAAGAAUAAGCAAGCUGAUCGGACCUGCAAGAAAGAGUACUGCUAUUGAUUCGGGCGUAACAGAGGAGAGUCUUGAGGCACAUAAUAUAAGGCAAGCCAUUAUUCAUGCAAAUGUUAAUGGAAAGAAUUCAAAGUGCAGUCCUUAUGACAAAGGACUUAUUGAUUUCUCACUCAUCAGCAAUCGCGAGAAGCAUUCAAGUCCUGAACGCGAAAGCCAUGGUACUACACUUACUAAUUCCAGCUCACUUUCUACUUUCAUGGGUAAGGUUCAGGAAUGGACGACUUCUUUUUACUCUAAAAGUGAUACCGAAACAAAAAUUUCGUCUGAAGUAUCAAGUAGUUCUAAACCUUCUGCAAUUAAGGAGGUGAAUAAGGAAGUUAAGGUUGUUCCUAAAAAAGCCAAAGGGAAGCCAUUGAGCGAGAGUGAAUCAGCACCACUAGUACUUCCACCACUAGAACGAAAAGCAUCACCAUCUGAUCGAGCUGAAAGAGUUGCCAUCGAUGAUGAGAAGAAGGAUACAGAUAUUGAAAAGGUGGUGAGUAUUGGAAGGGAGUUUGUAUGGGCAGAUAAGUACAGACCCAAAACAUUGAAAGACUUCAUCUGCAAUAGAGACAAAGCUAUUCUAGUGCAAAGCCUGGCGAGAGAGACAGAAUAUGGUCAUUUCAUUUUAGAAGGACCUCCAGGAGUGGGGAAGAGAACAAUGAUCAGGGCUAUGCUUGGAGAAGCUUUUGGACUCGACAGAAUCAAGACAAGGGAGGAAUAUAAGGCAUUUGACUUGAAGGGGGAAGCAAUAGGUAGUAUUAGAGUACAUUUGAAGAAAUCUUCUAAGCAUGUAGAAGUCAAUCUUUCUGAUCUCAAAGGUUAUGAGAAGCAUGUGAUUGUUGAACUCAUCAAAGAGAGGCAUGGCAGGAUAUCCAACAAGACAUUGCCAUCCAAAUGUGAUAGCUGCCGAACAAUCAUUCUCUAUGAAGCAGACAAGCUAUCUACAGAUGCUUUACUAUAUAUGCGGUGGGUCUUAGAGAGGUAUAAAGGGUCCAAUAAGAUUUUCUUUUGCUGCUCCGAUGUCUCAAAGCUUCAGCCAAUUAAAAACCUUUGCACUGUUGUUCACCUUUUUCCACCUUCAAAGGAAGAGAUUGUAGAAGUUUUGGAGUAUAUUGCUAAACAAGAAGGCAUAGAUUUGCCUUAUCAACUGGCUGAAAAGUUUGCCAAUAACUCUAAGAACAAUCUCCGUCAAGCCAUCAGAUCGUUCGAGGCAUCCUGGCAGAAAAGCUAUUCAUUCGUGGAAGAUCAAGAAAUUUUGACUGGGUGGGAAGAUGAUAUCGCUACCAUUGCCAAGGAUAUAGUGGAAGAGCAGAGCCCGAAACAGCUAUAUAUGAUUCGAGGGAAGCUUCAAAAUCUUGUAGAGCAUGAUGUAUCUAAUGAUUAUAUCUUCAAGUCACUGGUGGAAGAACUGAACAAGCACUUGGAUGAGCAGUUAAAGCUUGGACUAAAAAAUUUGUAUCAAGAAUACAGUAAAAACAAUGGUCACACGUUUGAAAGUGGCAGAAACCACAUGAGAAAGAAAAUUCAUCAUUUUAUGAGAAUUGAAGAGUUUAUUGCAAAAUUCAUGAGCUUCUACAAGCGCUCGAUUAGAAAUAGAAGGAGCAUUCAAUGUGACAGUGGAUCGUGAAGGAUUCCUCAUGCUAAAACCAUCUUAUUCACUCAUCGCAAAAUGCAGAGAUAGUGUUGGUUAGCUACUAUCUUCUCUUCUCAAAUCUCAGGCUUGAGAUUAGGAGGACUUGAAUAGUUUACUUUUGAUAAAUUCGCAUAGGAAUAAGUUAUGAAGCAAAACAAAAGUUUUGCAUAUGACAUCUAUCCCUGUUUGCAUGAUUUUUUUUGUUCUAUUUUGUUGAAAAAAAAAGUGUUUGGUUGAAUACAAAAGACAACAUGAACUGCA